UUUAACAACAAAAACAACGUAUCACAACAAAACAAUAACAACAACAAAAACAAUAAAUCUAGCAAGUUCAACACACGCUACUAUUACCAACGAUAUAUUAUAGCACAAGGACGAACAGGAAGCACAAAAAGCAAUACACAUACAUGCACUCACGCCCUUCGUGCGUUGCGUGCUCUCAUUUGUAUACACACACUUGCUUCUAUUACCUCAACAUAUAAAAUAUUGUGGACAAGCAUAGAGAAAUUAAGAAACAAAAAGAAGAUACUUCUUUGUUAGUUUAUCAGACCAUCGGUGAAGACGAUAGACCUGUUAAAUUAUCUAAAUUCGGCGGGAUGGAUUUAAUCUCUACGCUUCUAUACUAGGGUUCUUGAGAGGAAUAUGGUAGCAAAAGGGCGAAAAAUCGUUAAUUGAGGUACAUUAAAAUCAAAACCGUUGCAGUAAAACGUAAAUGAACGGUCCCGGCGAUAUACCACUGACACACAGUAGUACGCCAGAUACCAGGCCCUGCAGUUUAAUAUCAAUAAUACCAACAUUAGGCAUGUCAUCAUGUCGUGGUAGAGCUGAGGCAUUUGCACGGAGAUUAUCCUCCAAGUUGCGCACAUUGGGUUCACAGACAGACGAUGAUCCCACAUCACAGGAGGACGAACCCAUCAUAAAUGGCAACGUUAACAACACAUGGAUUAGUUCACAUGAUAAAGAUCAAACAGUAACCGAUUUGCAACCAUUACGUCAUGAAUCGGACUCAUUCUUUGAUUUUGAUUGUGAACUUGAAAGUCCAGGCAGUCCAGUUGAUGAAUGCGAAUACCUACGUUUAAUUGAAACAGCCUCAAAUACUCCUCACAAUUCCGUUGCUGAAUCUGGUUAUGUUUGUGCUUCAGCAGCUAGCAGCCACAGUUCAACAGAUGCACCUUAUUUCGAUAUUGUCAAUGCAGAUAACACUGUAGAAACACAACAACCAACACACACCAAACUAACAGAACAAGAGCUAUCCGACUUUGUUCAUUCACCAAAAAUAAAUGGAUCUGACGAAAGACUAUCCAAUGGCCAUGAUGAACAUGACUUAGACAACAAUGAUAUAGAAAAUUAUCAUCAUUAUUCGGCGCAAGAUGAAACUAAGGGUCAAAAUGAAGAAAUCUUGGCAUUGCCCACAACUGGGCUAGAUGAUACAACAUUAUUACCUCCUGUCAAAUCACCGGAUAAAUUAGCAACUGAAGCAACAACGCAAGAACUGAAACGUAUGCAAAAUGAUAUAAUAAAUGAAUUACAAAAACAAAGUGAGCAAUAUAAUGAAGAAAAUAAGGCAGCUAAUGAAAAUGGACAAAUUCAACAUACUAGUACAACAGAAAAUGGACAAUCUGAACAAUUAGACGAGCUUGCAAGCAAUGGAAAUGUAAAUGAAACUAUACCAGUUUUAACGACAAUUUCAAAUGGUUUGAAUGAAGAGGGUGAAGAAGUAUUGAAAAUCGAAUUGACUGAAGUCGACAAUGCGUUGCAAAUACAAUCAGAAACAAAAACAGAACAAUUCAAAAACUUAACUGAAGAAAUACAAGAAAGUACGCAAGAACUCAAAGCUACACAAGAGGAAGAAAGUAAAGAAAGUCCGACAAAAAAUAAGCAGAGCACGCAUAUAUUGGAUACAACUGAUGAUGAAGAUGAUUGUCGACCACAACGAGUACGUCGUUGUUCUUCAUUGAAAACUGGCAAAACACCACCGGGUACACCAGGACGAAAGAAAAUCGUACGUUUUGCCGAUGUACUGGGUCUUGAUUUGGCAGAUGUGAAAACAUUUUUAGACGAAAUACCAACUAUACCAAAAUCUGCAUAUGAAGAUCUAGAAAUUCUAGAAUCUGAACCACCCAUACAACUUGGACCUAAAUCUGAUAAACUCCUCAUGCCAUUAUUUCAGCAACCAGGUGGAUUGCCAAGAUUUCUCGACAUUGUACGUGAAAAACAAGUAUCGCUGGAAAACGCAGCUGUUACUGAUCAUAUUAAUCAAACUAUUACCGGUUCAGUACGUGUACGAAAUCUUGAUUUCCAUAAAUCAGUUCACAUACGCUAUUCACUUGACGGUUGGCGUAGUUUUGCUGACUUACAAGCAAACUAUGUAGAGAAUUCCUGUGAUGGCUUUUCAGACAAAUUCUCUUUUAUUUUAUUUGGCAAUACAUUACAUAUAGGACAGCGUCUAGAACUCGCAGUGCGAUUUCAAUGUAAAGGCCAACAGUUCUGGGAUAAUAACUACGGUGCAAACUAUUGCUUCCAAUGCUUGCCAACAUCGACACCAGGUUCCAAUCCAAUUACACCAAUUGUCGCAACACAUCACAGUACUCACAUUGUAGGCUUACUAAGUCCAACAGCUGGUGAUGCUUGGUGUAGUUCAUUUUAUUAAUUAGUAGUUGAAUUUUCUUUUAUAUAAUAUAUAUAUACGUGACACACACACAAACACGCGUACACAUAUAUUUAAAGAAGUGUUGCACACUUAAGUAAAAUAUAUGAGAUAUCGUUGCAGCUAAGGAACUUAAGUUUAAUAACUGAGCAAUAGUUUACCGUGAAAGUUCCUGUGCACUCCUCUAACAAAAUGAAAAUAAGAACAAAGUUUAAUUAUAUUUUUAUAGUAACAAAUGAGAAACAAUAACUUUUAUAAAACAAAAAUGAUAUUAAAAUCUUGUUAGUUAACAAAUGAAGCGAGUCCCAAAGAUAGAAAAUAGUAGUAAAGUGAUAUAAAAUUUAUGUAUUUAUAUAUUUUUAUUUCAAAUUUUUCGUUUACGUAAUUGUUUUAUUUAAAAUUAUCUUAUUUUUUUGCAAUAAUUUAGUUUAGUACUUCAAUACCUAAAUGCAAACUGAGUAAAUUGUAAUGUUUAACCAUUUCUCUAUAAAAUGUAGUAUUGUAAAUUAAAGAAAACUAAAUAAUCUCAAAUGAAAAAAUGAAAGAAAGAAAUUAAAACUUAAAAUAUUUAAAAGCUUAAUUUGCAUAUGGAGAAAACUACAUACUAUUUCAAACUAUACGUAUAUGGUUGGAAGGCUAUCUGAAUAGCAAUAUCCUGUGUCAAUAAAUAAAACAAGUUCCAAAAAAAAAAUUCUUAUAAUUUAUAAAUAAUUUAU